CCGUGAAUCUUCUUCUUCUUCAACCAGUAUGUUGAUGCCUCCCCAAUAACCUCGAGGUUCAAAAUCCUUGCCAGUCUUUCAGGAGAGUUCCAAGCCGUCGCCAGUUUCUGACCACUGCUGUGCCACUACAAUACCUGGCGCGCUUUCUUCUCCGGUUGUGAUACUUCCAUGUUCGUCCAGAGUUUCGACAAGACACUGCUAAUCGUCUUCUUGCCGUCAUAGAGGUUCAAAAUUGGGUUCCAUAUUUGCCGUUUUGCAUCUCGAAGGCCUGGUGAAUCGACGCCUGUUCUUCUUCUGAACUUCGUUGUUGUCCCGUCACCGGUGACUUUGUCUGCGUGCUAUUAUUACUACAGUAUUAUUUAUGUUCAGAUUAUUUCCUUGCAAAUGUCAUUGAUGGGAGAGGACGAGAUCAUGGAUGAAUGUGAGUAUGAGUAUGAGGAUAGUAUUUUUUAUGAUGAGAAGUAUCCUGAUGAUGAGUCAUAUUUAGAUGAGUUGCAGCAGGAAGAAGAGUUGGGUGAUGAGUUAGACGGUGAGGAGAUUUUUGCAGAAUUGACAGAUUAUGAUUAUGAUGAUGCAUAUGGAUUGGAUUCAAUUGAGGAUUUAUUGAAACUUGACUUUUUAAGCAUUGGUGAGGUUGAAGUUGACAAGUUUCACUUUGGAACCCUAGCCAUUGCUUUUGAAUUUUACAAUAGAUUUGCAAAGAGCCAAGGUUUCAGUGCAAGAAAAGACAAAAACUGGAAGAACUCAACCGACGAGACCUACAUGCAGAGAUUUGUGUAUUUUCGACAAGGAUAUUGAUUAGAGAAGUGGUACACUUUGCCAAACAGAAAAAGGGAACCAAAGACCGAGACAAGAACUGGGUGCGAAGCUCAAUUCCUAGUCAAGUUUGUAGGGGUAACUGGAAGAUGGCAUGUGACCCGAUUUUCAAAUGUUCAUAAUCACGAAUUAUUGGAAGGCCGGUUGAGCAGGUUAUUGCCAGCUCAUAGGAGUAUGUCCAAAGCCGAAAUUGCACUCAUGAACAACAUGCGCAAGUCGGGGAUUAGCACAUCCCAGGUUUAUGCUUUGCUAGCAAGUCAAAGUGGUGGUUUUGACAAGUUGAACUAUGGCCCCAGAGACAUGUACAAUCAAAUAGCUAAGGCGAGGCGUGAGAUUCCAGAGGACGUGGGUAGAGCAUUAAAUUAUUUGGAGGGGAUGGCUGCAAACGAUAAAUCUUUAUACUACGAAGAGCUUCGGGCAACGGAUGGAAGGUUACUAAAUCUCUUUUGGUGUGAUGGUUUAUGUAGAGAGGACUAUAAAUUGUUUGGAGAUGUUGUUGCGUUUGAUGCUACGUAUAACAAGAAUAAAUAUAGGUGUCCUUUUGUUGUGUUCACAGGUGUCAACCAUCACAACCAAACUAUUGUCUUUGCUGCAUGCAUUGUAACAGAUGAGACGGAUGAGACUUAUAUAUGGGUGUUGCAACAGUUUUUGGAGGCAAUGAAUGGUAGAGUCCCAUCCUCUGUGAUAACUGAUGGGGCAAGAGCAAUGAAGAAUGCGAUUGAGAAAGUAUUCCCUGGUACUCUUGUGUGCUUGGCAUCUCCUGCGUAAUGCAACUACAAAUAUGUGUAGUCCUCGUUUCACAUCUAAGUUUAGGGAUUGUAUGUUAGGAGAUUACGAGCAGUGUUCCGUAACAAGUGGCAAAUAUUGGUAGAGGAAUUUGGGGUUGAGGAAAAAGAAUGGCUAAAUGAAAUUUAUGAGAAACGUCGAUCAUGGGCAACAUGUUACAUCCGAGGGAAGUUCUUUGCUGGAUUUAGGACUACAUCACGCUGCGAGGGUUUGCAUUCAUUGAUUGGGAAGUACACUAAGCCUCAUUAUGACUUAUCCGAGUUUAUUGAGCACUUCCAACGAAUGUUGGGCCAUAUGCGUUUUAGGGAAUUUUAUGCUGAAUAUGAAUCUGCUCGUGGAGUUCCAGUUAUGCAAACUUGUAUUGAACCCCUUGAGAUGUGUGCUGCUGAUACUUACACAAGGGAGGUAUUCUUUUUAUUCAGGCCUAUUCUUGUUCGGUCGGGUGCAAUGAGAGUCGUGGAUUACCAAACAAGAGACAAUAGUAUAAUUUAUUAUGUUUGUAGGUAUGCCAAACCAACAAAAGGUGUGGGAGGUUGAGUGUGUGGAUAAUGGUAACGCAAUCACUUGUUCAUGCAUGCGUAUGGAAUCAUUCGGUAUUCCCUGUGAACACAUUAUCUCUGUAUUGGUCCGUAGGGAUGUGCGCGAAAUUCCUAAAUGUCUAGUGUUGCAUAGAUGGACUAAGAAUGCAAAAGAAUCUAUGUCUGAGUCAAGUAGUUUUACAAGCGAAUUACAAGUUAGCAGUCGACUUUGUAUCCUCAAUGAGUGUGCUAGGAUGAUGUCAGAGGUUGCAUGUGCUACUACAGAGAGGUUCCAUGAAGCAAGGGAUCUUAUGCUUGAUCUUUAUAGCUCAUACAAAGCACUAGAUGAAGGGAACACGCCUUCGAAACCUAGACUGGGAGGUGGUACCAAUCCUAAAGGGCAUAGUGGUCGGAAAAAGUCCCAACGUUGCAGUAAUUGCAAGAAACCUGGUCAUAAUAAAACUUCUUGUUCAAAGCGCAAUGAAAAUGCUUUCAGUACACAAGGUAGCUCUACCCGUCAAACUGAUGCAAUUUAUGAUAAUGAAUGCAUGGAUGAUGUGGAAUACGAAACUCAAGAAUGGUGGUGAACUUUGGGAUUAGAUGUUGUUUUAUUCAUGAUUAAUUUUGAUAGUUGAUUAGGGGAAUAUGCAGUUACUAACUAAACUAUAAAUUAUUAUUGUUUCUUUCGUUUAUUCUUAAUAGUCGAUUUUAAUUUAGAACAAUCAAUUAAGUUGUUAU